AUGUCACCUCGAUCAGACUAUGGUGAUAUCGCCUUGAGCGGCCGUGGUUCUAGCGUGGAGAAAAAACGGCAGAGGGCAAGUCGUGCCUGCGAUAGUUGCAAAGCGAAGAAGAGCCGCUGCUCAGGUACUCAGCCAUGUGGACCCUGCUCAUUGAUGGAACUCGAAUGUCAAUUCACUGCACCAUAUACCAGAGGCAUCCCAAAGACACCUCCUGCAGGCGAUUUCAACUGGAUAAGGUCACCCCAGAGUCCUAAAAGACGAAAAUCAAAUGCACAAUCAAUUGACAGUACCUUGUCGCCGGCUGGCCCUCAUUCUUCGGACACUUCUCACUCCAUCUCUCCAUGUGUAGAGUCAAUCUCAGAUGUGACACCUCAACUACAGGAGACUGAAGAACAUACGGAAACCCCAUCAGAGCAAGAGACAGGUGAGCAGGUGCUCAUGAGCGAUGAACAAGGCCAUUUUGUCGGGACUUCCUCCAAUGUCUCAUUCUUUGUACGCUUACGGAAACGACUACAGAAGAGAGCCAACAAGGUCGUGCCGACCUCAAUCUUCACAUUCGGGGAUGCGGCUUUGCCCGACUUUGACUCCCUUUCGUUCGUCUUUCCACCACGCGAGAUCGCUAUCGAGCUUGUCGACAAGUACUUCAUAAUUGGUUCUCCAACUUACAGAUUCCUGCAUCGGGGAACAAUAGAGGAAUGGCUGAAUAACGCAUAUUCUCCGAAUCCAAAUCAGAGCUCCGUGACUAGGACCCGAAAUGCGGUGUUGUUGGUGGUAUUCGCCACUGCGACGCGACACUUUACUGAAUCGUACGAUCAGCACAAAUUUCAGGAAGGGUAUGGUUAA